AUGGGUGUAAAAAAUGAACAAGAUCCGGCAACACCGGCGACUCCUGUCCCAAGAUACACAAGCUUUUCGGAUAUACGUUCUAAAUUCGAAGGAGACUUGAUUGAGUUCAUAUACGGAUCCAACUACAUCGAAGUUACCGGUUCAGGCUUCGAUGUGACCGAGACACUUUGUCGUAGGAUAUUCAAAGGGGAAAAGGUCUCCGCACAAGUGGAAGAAAGAAGUGCUGACUAUGGGAUGGCACAAGCCGCUCUCGUAGCCCUUAAGCGGCCAAGCUCCUUCCAAGACGUGGUACUAAGCCGACAAGAAGUCAUAAACCACGCACAAGCCCUAAGCUACGCGAUCGACCACUUUGUUAUUGACGGAAAGGAGAUAACCGAAGACUUCUUGAAAGAGGUCCACACGAAGCUUUGCUGCAAGGUGCUUGGAGAAGACGCCGGCAAUCCGGGCGUUUACCGAACAUGGGAGAUCGCGGCACGGCACGGAAAGGAUAUGAAAUCCAAGUCAGUGUUUAUACGGGCAUCGUCUGUACCUCAAUACAUGGAAGCAUUUGUUAGCGACCUCAAAAACGACGUGAUAAAAAUGGAGGAGUCAAAGAUUACCGAUCCAUUCGAUCUGGCACUCGAUAUGGCAAGCAGAUACUGUCACCGCUUCGUCUGUAUCCACCCAUUCGGCGACGGAAACGGUCGCAUGUGCCGAAUCUUACUAAACAUCAUCCUCCUAAAGUACGGUGGCCGGAUUAGUGCAUUCGGUAAAACCGAAAGCGAGAGAAAGGAGUACUUGGACUUGGCUAGGCGGGAAAACAAGAAGUUCCACCAAGAGGACAUGGAAGUUCCCGAGGAGGAAAAGGAGGGUCAUCAUGAACUAAGGGAGUUCAUUCUUAGAAGCCUUCGAUCGAAGUAGAAUGUGUUGUCUGACCUAUCCGAUAUUAAUGAGGUGGAGACAAUCAUGUUCGAAAAUCCAAGGACGGGUGUAACGGCGACGACGACGUAGGAAGCUAUAAGCUAGACGAAUUACAAGGUACGAUUGAAGCGAGCGAUCGCCUAUGAAUACCUGAUACUUAUCGUAUGAAGUAGAUGUCCGAAUAUCGAGAAUCUCAUGCAUUAUGAAGAUUAGUCAGCAACGUACAACAUGUCAUACUUGCGAGGUACUCAUAGAGAUGCAAAUAGAGUUAUUAGAUAAGUUUAAUGUUAAAGAUUCGAUGUUGUUGAGUGAACUGUAGGAAAAAUGGAAUAGAUAAUCGGGGAAAGCGUCGGUCGUUUUUCUAGGGACACGCCAUGUAACAGAAUAAUAGCUGUAUAUACGCGUCAAUAAUUUUUUAAUUAUUAUCACCACUGUUCCAUGAACCUAUAGUGACUAGGUAGCUGACACCAUCACUCACUCUGUGAAAGAGCCUUCAACUACCGAGAGGCUUCUCAGAGAUCACCAUACUUGCCGUCAGAUGUCAAGGACUAGUAGUCGGGGGGCAUUGUUGGAAUGGAUUUCAGUUUUGAUUGAAAGCUGUGACAGGGCGAUUAGGUAAUACUGGUGAAGGUCACCUGAUUGCCAGGUGCCCUUGGGAAUCAGGACUCAGCUU